UUACACUGAUGAAGACCCGCCAACACACUGAUACAGACACAUGAGAGCUCUGCGGGGAGCAGUGGAGGCAUAACAGACGGUGUUUCACAGCCGGUAGCAUGUUUGUAGCUCGGAGCAUCGCAGCGGACCACAAAGACCUGAUCCACGAUGUGUCGUAUGACUUCCACGGCCGGAGGAUGGCGACCUGCUCCAGCGACCAGAGCGUCAAGGUUUGGGAUAAAAGUGAGAAUGGAGAGUGGCUCUGCACAGCCAGCUGGAAGACACACAGCGGCUCGGUGUGGAGGGUGACCUGGGCUCACCCCGAGUUCGGUCAGGUUCUGGCUUCCUGCUCCUUCGACCGGACGGCCGCCGUGUGGGAGGAGAUCGUGGGAGAGUCCAACGACAAGCAGAGAGGCCUCAGUCACUGGAUCAAGAGAACCACGCUGGUGGACAGCCGCACCUCGGUGACGGAUGUGAAAUUCGCCCCGAAGCACAUGGGCCUCAUGCUGACCACGUGCUCGGCGGACGGCGUGGUGCGGAUCUACGAGGCGCCCGACGUCAUGAACCUGAGCCAGUGGUCGCUGCAGCACGAGAUCUCCUGCAAGCUGAGCUGCAGCUGCAUCUCCUGGAACCCCUCCAGCUCUCGAGCCCCCCCCAUGUUCGCCGUGGGCAGCGACGACGGCAACGUGACGUACGGAGGGAAGGUUCAGAUCUACGAGUACAACGAGAACACACGGAAAUACGCCAAGGCGGAGACGCUGAUGACGGUCACCGACGCCGUGCACGACAUCGCCUUCGCCCCCAACCUGGGCCGCUCCUUCCACGUGCUCGCCAUCGCCACCAAAGACGUGCGGAUAUUCAAGCUGGUUCCCAUGAGGAAGGAGAGCUCCUCCAGCGGACCCACCAAGUUCGAGGUCCAGAUCGUGGCUCAGUUCGACAACCACAACUCGCAGGUGUGGCGCGUGAGCUGGAACAUCACCAGCACGCUGCUGGCCUCGUCCGGGGACGACGGCUGCGUGCGCCUCUGGAAAGCGAACUACAUGGACAACUGGAAGUGCACGGGCAUCCUGAAGGGCGACGGCAGCCCGCUGACGGGCUCGUCGGGCCAGCCGGCGGCCAUGAGCACGAUGCUGGGCUCCUCCGUUCAGACCUCGCAGAGCGUGCUGAACGGGACGUCCGCGGGAAGGUACUUCUUUCCUCCUCUGGACCCUCGGGCGGGGACCAGGUACGGUCACCUGCUGCCCCCCUCCUCCCUCAUAGAGCCCUGUGAGGCCGAGCCCGUUCAGCCUCCGGCGCAGGCUCUGAGCCUCAGACGCUCCUCCAGGGCCCUGCUGCCUCUGCCCGAGGCCGAGGGCCAGUGACGCAGCCGCUGCAUUUCUAAUAAAAGAC